UUAAAAUGUUUUUAAAGUUAAUAUGGUGUUAUUAAAAAGCUUUCCUGUCGGUGUAUUUUGCGUCCUGGCACACUGUUUCAAUUUUAUCACCAUCAAGUGUCAGACAAUUCACAAUUUUGCAAUGGAAAGCAGCGAGGACGAGAUGGAAGUGGAUGACACCGAAUGGAAGCAACAUUUGACGGAUUCGCACCUAACCUGUCGAGUUUCUGUUUCAGGACCGAGCCUCAGUAAGAGGCCAACACCUGCACACAGAGUCAUUUUGCAUUUUGACCUGGAUUGCUUCUAUGCCCAGGUGGAAAUGAUCCGAAACCCAGCAUUGAGAGACGUUCCUCUCGGUAUCCAGCAGAAGUACAUCGUAGUCACGUGCAACUAUGUGGCGAGGCAGCAGGGUGUCACUAAGCUCAUGUCAGUCACCGACGCCAAACAGAAAUGUCCUCAGCUAGUGCUGGUGAAAGGAGAAGACCUGACGCACUACAGAGUAAUGUCUUAUCAAGUGACAGACCUGCUGCUGUCCUUCUGUCCAUUAGUAGAGAGGCUUGGCUUUGACGAGAACUUUGUGGACAUCACAGAGAUAAUACAAAAACGGCUGACAUGCACACCAGUGUCCUCUUUUAAAGGCUACGUUUACAGCACUUCAACAGAGGCCGCAGAGAUUAAAGCCAGCUUUCACCCAGAGUUGGCCUUAGGGUCGCACGUCGCCGCAGAGCUGAGGGAAGCCAUUCGCGAUCGACUGGGCCUCACCAGCUGUGCUGGUGUCGCCACCAGCAAGCUUUUGGCCAAGUUGGUGUCGGGAACCUUUAAGCCCAACCAGCAAACCACACUGCUGCCAGAAAAUGUCGAUCAUAUCAUGGGCAGCCUCGGCGGCCUCCGUAAAAUACCAGGGGUUGGACACCAAACAGCCAAAAGGCUCCAAGCACUGGGAUUGGUCAGCGUCAGCGACCUGCAGCUCUUCCCUCUGACUGCGUUGAUCAGAGAGUUGGGUUCUCCGUGCGCGGCGCAUCUAAAAAAUUUGUCCCUCGGCGUGGAUGACUCUCCCGUCAACCCCACGGGUGCGCCGCAGUCUCUCAGUGAUGAAGACUCCUUCAAGAAAAUGUCAUGCGUGAAAGAAGUGAUGGACAAGAUUCAGCAGCUCCUGGGCAGCCUGGUGGAGAGGAUGCGCAAAGACGGCAGGCAGCCGCAAACCUUCCGCCUCUCAGUUCGUAAAUACUCGGCGAGCAACAAGUGGUGCAGUCGGGAGAGCCGCCAGUGUCCCAUCCCCAACCACGUCGGACACAAGAUAACCUCAGCCAGCAGCGACGAUGCCUCCGCCCAGCUGCUCUCCUUGGCCAUGAAGCUCUUCUCCAAAAUGGUGGACACGGCGGCUCCGUUCCACCUCACCCUCAUCAACGUGUGUUUCAGCAACCUGCAGAGCCGAGCGCCGGCCGCCAGCACCAGAGGCUCCAUCACUUCCUUCUUCGCACCCAGCGCCUGCCCCCAGAACCCAAGUCAAAGCCCGGUAGCACACUCAAAUAUUGACUCCUCUACGAGUGUAAAUGGUGCAGAAGAUCGUUUGUGCUCACUCAGUGUGAUGAGUCCACUCCCGCCGGAGAACGCCGCAAAGAGCCCGAUCGUCCGUGACGCGGCAUCGCCCAAGGCCGGACCCACACAGAGCACUUCUUCUGUCCCAGCGGAUGCAUCCCGGCCGGUGACGGCGUCCCGCAGUAGCACAUGCUCAGACGGUGGUGACGCCGACAUCACCGCGACGUAUCGAUUACCCCCAAAUGUGGACCCCCAGGUGUUUUCCCAGUUGCCGGCCAACCUUCAAACGGAACUGAUAAGAGAGUGGGAGCAACGCAGGCCAAUUCCGAAGAUCCCCAUCCUUUCCAGGAAGCCCGGGAGAGAAGCCAAAGACAAGAAAGGCACCAGAAGGAGAAGUCAGGCCAAUAGUUUGUUGGAUUAUUUUAAACCCGCUUAAAGAAGAUGCAAAUGCUGUAUCCUGAAAAGGGACUAAGGCCUGUCACGAAAACCUGCACAGAAUCGCUGCCACCCAUCACCCCCAAAAGUUUUGAACAUGCAUAUAGAUGCCAGCAGAUGGCCACAAAGCACUUUUUGUGUAAAUAAAGCUCCUCAACUUAC